CGGCCGGCUAGCCUGGUAUAACACGCGGGGCCGCCUCGUCGCGCGGUUUGUUUUCAAGAAGCCGCGGGGGAGUGCUGUAACGUUGCUCGCGUUCCCUUUCUCUGUCUCUCUCCCUCUCUCUGAGUGCCGCGUCGUCGCGUGCGUGCCUGGCCCCAGCCCUCGCGGCCACAGCCCCUCGCGGGAGUCCAGCGAGAUCAGCGCCGGACGAGACCCAGUGGAGUGGAUUACCAUGCCCAGCGACUAAGUGUUUCGUCCACGUCGAGUCAUGCUGGUGAAGCGACUGUGCAAAGUGUGGCAGUAUGGCAUGGGGCGGACGGUGCUGGCGACCAUGGCGGCGCACUCCAACUCCAUCUCGGUGGGGCUCUGCCAGGGCUACUCCGCCAUCCUGCUGCCCCAGCUGCAGGACAAGGCCUCCAAGCUGGUCGUCUCGGAGCAGGACGCCUCCUGGAUAGCGGCGCUGGGCGUCAUCUCCAACCCGCUGGGCGCGCUGCUGUCCGGGCUGCUGGUGGAGCUGCUGGGCCGCCGCACCGCCAUCCAGCUCACGGCCAUCCCCUACGUGGUGGGCUGGGUGUGCCUCGCGCUGGCCAGGCACUUCACCCUGCUCUGCGUGGGCCGCUUCAUCUCGGGACUGGCCGUGGGCAUGGCGGCCGCCAGCUACCUGUACGUGGCCGAGGUGGCCCCCGCCUCGCACCGCGGCCCGCUGUCGGCGUGCGGCCCAGUGCUGGUGUCGCUGGGCGUACUCAUCGUCUACACGCUGGGCUUCUUCGCGCAGUGGCACAUCGUGGCGGCGCUCUGCACCAUCUUCGCGCUCUUCAGCCUGGUGGCCGUGAGCUUGGUGCCGGAGACGCCGCCGUGGCUCGCCGCCAGGGGCCGCACCGCCGAGGCCCGCACCGCCCUGGUCUGGCUCCGGCGGUCGCCCGCCGCCGCCGACAAGGAGCUGGCCGAGAUCACGGACUCGCUGGCGCAGGCCAACAAGGAGGCCGAGGCCGGCGCGGGGCGCUGCUCCUUCGUCCAGCCGGCCAUCUGGAAACCGUUCCUGCUCCUGCUCGCCUUCUUCCUCUUCCAAGAAGGCUCCGGCAUCUACGUGGUGCUGUACUACGCCGUGUCGCUGUUCCAGGAGGUGGGCACCGAGAUGAACGAGUACGUGGCCUCCAUCUGGGUGGCGUGCAUGCGGCUCGUCAUGAGCCUGCUGGGCGCGCUCGCCAUCCAGAAGCUGAACCGCACCACGCUGGCCUGCAUGUCGGGCGUGGGCAUGUUCCUGGCCAUGCUCGCCGCCGGCUUCUACGAGCACCUGUUCUCCUCGCUGCCGCCGUCGUCGCGGCCGCUGCCCUGGGUGCCGCUGGCGUGCUUCCUGGUGCACGUGUGCGUGUCCAUGCUGGGCUACCUGCAGCUGCCCUGGAUCAUGACCGGCGAGCUGUUCCCGCUGCGCGCCCGCGGCGCCAUGGGCGGCAUCGUGUCCUCGCUCGCGCACUUGCUCAUCUUCACCUCCGUCAAGACGUACCCCGACCUCCGCAACGCCAUCGGCAUGGACGGCGUGCUCUGGGUGUUUUCGGCGCUGUCCCUCUGCGGCGCGGUGUUCGGCAAGUUCCUCCUGCCCGAGACCAACGGCCGGACGCUGCGGGAGAUCGAGAUGUCCUUCGGCGGUCACGAGUCGGACAAGGCCAAGGACGGCAAGGAGGGCGUCGACGAGGAGGCCGCCAUGCCGCCCGCCUCGGCCUCGGUCGCCGCGCGCAAGAACAGCCGCGGGGAGGCGGUGGCCGCGCCCGUGGACCCCAACGACGACUCCAUCCUGGACAUCGUGGCGGCGUCGUCGCGCGGCCAGGACGUCUACACCAUCAGCCUGGGCCGCCAGAGAUAGCCGGGCCGGCAGCGACUUGCACGCGGCGGCACGCGGCGCCACGUCGCCCCAAGUCGUCCGUUGUGAGGGCCUCGUCGCCGGGACCGAGGACCGAGGACCGAGGACGGGGACUCCAUGGUGGAGCCCAGCCAGGAAGCCAGUGCCUGGUUGAAC